GAGGCGAUCUACGUCUGUCACGAAUCUCUGUCCGCCAUUGUUUAAACUCGCUGUAGAUUGUGUGUGAGAAUUUCGCGUCCAGAUUGGACUCUAUCGGAUAAUAUACCAACAUGGCCACUGGGGGUAUUGGCGCGUGGCAGAGCAUGUCAGCUGACCCAAACUGCGUCUGUGAGGGGGGAUUUGGGGAGGUAACUAGCAUUGUCAAAAGCCCGCUUUUUUACGGGGCAGGAAUGGGCGUCCUUCCGGGUCUUAGUCACCAGGACACUGCCAUUUUGGCUGGAGUCCUCACAGGUCUGGCCACCUUUCUCUUUCUGGCCAUCCCUAUUCUCUGUUGCCUUUGUCCCUUCCCUUGUCUUUGCUGCGGAGGAGCUGGUGGGAAAAGUAGCAAAGCCAUGGCGGCAGCUGCUGGUGGCGCCACCAAGCGGAAGGAGAAACACAUGCAUGAUGGCAUAAGUGGACGAAGUACUGAUGUGGAGUCCAUCAUGAGUUUCCGGUCAUUUGACAAGAAUUGGGACAAACUGGACAAAGUGGAUUACGACAACUUGUAUGAAGUGGAUAUGAAAUUACCACGUGUCUGGCUGGAGACGUUGAGGGGCGUCCCAGAUGAUCAAAUUGAUGGCCGCCUGCAGGAACUAGAAGCCACGAAUUGGCAGGGAACUGAUAUGCAUAGGAGUAGUGAAGGUCGUCACGGCGGAUAUGACGAGGGACGAGACAUGCAGACUUUGGAAAGGAAUAUGACCAUGGAGUCGUCAGGUGGUUACGGAACUGGCGGCGGGGGUUACGGAACUGGCGGCGGGGGUUACGGAACUGGCGGCGGGAACGGCCAUAUUUAUUCCACAUCUACUUCCGGUCGGGAUGGUGGACAGGUGUUGGAAUGGGAGACAACUCGUCAGAUCAAUAUUGCGGCAUCAGAACUUCCGGAACAGGAGUACAUCUAUGAGCGGGAGUUUCGUCAGGAGAUGAAUGGCAUGGAACGUGACAAUUUUAUGAAGAUUUACCAGACCUAUCGGCGCAUGCUUGAUGAUAGUAAGCAGACGGCAUUCUGAGCAUUGUUCUAAACUACGCCUUCCUGUGACGUAACACAGCCACGCCUCCUUUAAAUAAUUAUGUUUUUUCGAGUUUUCAAAAACUACUAAAUAUAAUAAUGUCCAAUUUUACAAGAUAUAGAUUUAUCAGGGGAGGUAAUCCAUCCGGAUCAUCUUUGUACAAGCGAGGUACAUGUAAUCCAUCCGGAUUAUAGAUAUACUAGGGGAGUUAAUCCAUCCGGAUUAUAGAUAUACUAGGGGAGGUAAUCUAUCCAGAUUAAAGAUAUACUAGGGGAGGUAAUCCAUCCGGAUUAUAGAUAUACUAGGGGAGGUAAUCCAUCCGGAUUAUAGAUAUACUAGGGGGAGGUAAUCUAUCCAGAUUAAAGAUAUACUAGUGGAGGUCAUCCAUCCAGAUUAUAGAUAUACAAGGGGAGGUAAUCCAUCCGUAUCAAAGAUAUACUAGGGGAAGUAAUCCAUCCGGAUUAUAGAUAUACUAGUGGAGGUAAUCCAUCCAGAUUAUAGAUAUACAAGGGGAGGUAAUCCAUCGGGAUAAUAGAUAUACUAGGGGAGGUAAUCCAUCGGGAUUAUAGAUAUACUAGGGGAGGUAAUCUAUCCAGAUUAAAGAUAUACUAGUGGAGGUCAUCCAUCCAGAUUAUAGAUAUACUAGGGUAAGUAAUCCAUCCGUAUCAAAGAUAUACUAGGGGAAGUAAUCCAUCCGGAUUAUAGAUAUACUAGUGGAGGUAAUCCAUCCAGAUUAUAGAUAUACAAGGGGGAGGUAAUCUAUCCAGAUUAAAGAUAUACUAGGGAGGUAAUCCAUCCAGAUUAUAGAUAUACUAGGGGAGGUAAUCCAUCCGGAUUAUAAAUAUACGAGGGGAGGUAAUCCAUCCAGAUUAAAGAUAUACUAGGGGAGGUAAUCCAUCCGGAUAAUAGAUAUACUAGGGGAGGUAAUCCAUCGGGAUUAUAUAACAUAUAUGUAUACUAAGGGAGGUAAUCAGUACGCUGGCAUGUUUUAACUUGCCAAUUUGACACUGUAGAUAUUUAUUGAUUUUGUUUUCUUUAUAGAUUUCUAUAUAUUGAAAGUGCUUAAAUUGUUUUCCAAAGAUUAAUAAGCCAUGUGUUAAUACAGUCAUGUUGCAUAAUUUUCUGCGAUGCCGUACUUUCCUUGAACUGAUUCUUUUCGAUUAAAGCGUCAAUAACUCUAAAUCUUAUACUUACUAAGAGCUGAUUUCUUCUUAUGUGAAAUAGAUGUGAAAUAAAGCGAAGCAAGGGCCUAUACCGUAAAUCUCUGCCCUCAAUUUAUUUUGACGAGUUUUUAAAUGCAUUUUUAUGUAAAAUUUGCCGUUGUGGACACUUUCAAUUUUCGUUAUUAAGAGAAAGGAUGAUUAUAUUUUCCAACCUUGAUUUUUAGACUUAUAGUUAAGAUAUAGAAAUGAUAUUCAUUCGGUGCAUUAACAGUUUUUAUUUUGAGCCUGGAAUACCUAGCUGUGUUCAGUAGCUGCUAAAACUUACAACUACAUUGUAUAUCUAUAUGCAAUAUAAUUUGAUUCAUUUAAAGUUGUGUAAUCAUGCUUUUGAAAUUCUACGAUGAGACUAAUUAAAGCGCACAUACUGGUCUCGAAAUUAUAAGAUGUUGUUAUUGUGAUACAAAUUGAUUUUUUUAACUCUAUGUAUAUCAUUCUUAAGGCAAAAAGCUAUGAGAAACGUGUAAAUAUUUGUAAUUCGAUGGGUUUUUUUUCUCUGUUAUUAUAAAAUUGUUCGAGAUAAGAAUUCUACAUAGCAAUAAUGAUGGAUUAUUUUUGUACGAAAACUCAUUCGUUACUAAGGUUAUAAUGAUGUGCGCAUGUAUGUGAUGACGUCACUCGAUGUCGUAUUACAUAUCAUUAUAUGUGGUGGUUUUAUCAUACUGUUAUGUAUUAUUUAUAUAUAAAAUGUUCAUAUAGUGACCUGACUGCCAGAUAACAUGGCAAGGGAGAUAACUCAUUUCAGUGUUCUCAUAUAGUGCCUUAAAUAAGGGGAGAUAAUCCCCAAAAAAUGUUUAUUUUUAUCUAUGUGCUAUAUAUGUUUUAUGAUUACUGCUGACACAACUAUCAAUAAAAACAAAAACUGAG